AUGAUAGUCGCUUCCUGUUCACUGACCCUCUCUGAUCUCACUGGCCACACAAAGAAGAUGAAUUUCUUCAACGUGGGGAAGUAUUUUACUCUGGUGGACAUGCCCGGAUACGGCUACCGUGCCCCGCAGGACUUCGUGGAGAUGGUGGAGGUCUACCUGCAGGAACGGCCCAACUUGAAGAGAACUUUCUUAUUAGUGGACGGAGUAGUCGGACUCCAGAAAACAGAUCAUAUCGGUAUAGAGAUGCUGGAAGAGUUUGGGAUUCCUUACGUGCUGGUGCUAACAAAAAUCGACCGAGCUUCCAAGGGAGUGUUGUUAAAGAAUGUACUGGAGAUCCAGGAGUUCGUGAAGGAGAAAACUCAGGCAUGCUUUCCUCAGCUGUUCCUGGUCAGUUCGCUGAAGUAUUCGGGGGUUCACUUGCUAAGGUGUUUCAUAGCCCACGUUACUGGAAACCUGCCUGUUGUAGAGGGCAACUGAAAAGAUCCUGAUCUGCUUGGCACAUCCGAAACAAGAGGU